CACACGCACACGUAGAGCUCGCAGGGAUUUCCCGCCCCAGCAGCAGCAGUAGAGGCCACAUCACUUCCUGGUCAUAGCUAGGACCGGAUGUGUCCGUUAACCCUGUCGGGUGUAGUGGAGCUUGACGUUUCGGAUUGGACUACAACUACCGACAUUUCAAUCGGCAGAUUAUUUGAAACUUCCGGGUUAUGCGUGCUUGAGUUCCCCGCCUUUUGAGCAGACAUGUUGCUACCGUCCGACGUCGCCCGGCUUGUUUUGGGGUACCUCCAAGAAGAGGGACUGUCCUCCACAAGCCAAGCUUUCAUUCAUGAAAGCCCAAACCUGAAAGAGUAUGCCGACCACACCACAGAAGAUGGGACUAUUCCUGCAUGUGUGUUUUCUGUCUUUGGGAAAGGCUUAACAACCAUCUUAAAUGAGUAUGUGGCUGCCAAAACAAAAGAGUCUUGUCAUGAGGUACCUGCCAUGAUGACUUCGUUGUGGAAAAAGCUGGAUUUUACACUGAACCAGAUCAAGUCAUUGCAGAACUCCCCCGCAUUAUCAGCAUCUCAAAGAACACGUUCACGCAUUGGAGUGGCAAACAUGGCCAGACAGCGGGUCUUGACCAUGGCUUCAGCUGGUGGUGUCGUCUGCUCAUCAGUUUCUGAAACGAGCUCCAUCCUGAGCCCUGCACACACCUCCCACAGCAUGCUCAGCCACUCCACCCCCAUGAGCUACACUGCCCCGCACACCCGACCAACUAUUGGCGGUGGCCCACACCAGCAGACCCAUGAUGUCAGCCGAUUACUAACUACACCCAGGGAUUCCCCUAUACAGAUAAUUGUUUCAGAACAUCGGCUAAAUCCAGGCCCACUGUCUCCUGGACGUCGGAAAUGGGACACGCCCAGGAAGAGAGGUGGUGCUCCGAGUGGAUCCAGUGGCCCUGGCAGAUGUGCCAUGAUGGCCAGUGGCCUCAAUGCAGAACCCCAACCUGAAGAGGCCGUCGAUGAGAACUUUCCUCAACUUGUGAUACAAAAUGCACGUGACAAGAUAUUGGGGGACAGAUCAUUACAAGAGAAGCUUGCUGAAAACAUCAACAAAAUCCUCGCCAGUGAUCCAUUGCCCCAAACAUCAAAGGCCUCUACAAGUACAAUGGAGGCAGACCCAUCAAUAGAUGAAAUCCUGGGAUUACAGGGGGAAAUCCAUAUGAGUGACGAUGCCAUCCAUGACAUUUUGGAGCAAACAGAGUCUGACCCAGCUUUUCAGGCCCUCUAUGACCUCUUUGAUUACAAUAAAACCAGAUUCACUGAUGGAGAACAAGGGGAUGGAGAUAUUAGUAGUAGUCCAGAAGAGAGUGACACUGCUGGACCUUCAUCUGCAGUCAGACCCCUUCAGAGUGAUGAUCCAGGCACUACACACACAGAUGCUAAUACUUCGGAUACAACACCAAUGACAGUGAAGAUGAGAGCUGGACAAGAGCGAAAGACCAGAAAGUCUACUGCUCCCACCUUGUUAAAGAAAACGGUUCUCGGCCCCAGCGGCAGAGCAUCCAGAAUUGAAAAUAGUUCAGCCAGAUUAUUAGUGAGUCAUGGGGAGCACCGAGGUGUCUCAUCUGCUGCAGUGGACUCGAACAGAAAAGAAAAAGCCUCACUCAGUGUUUUUGUGACACCAAUAGAUAUUGAUGAACCGCUGAAUACACCUCCCCCUCCUUCAGACAGUAUGGCCACUCAGGAGCAUGCCACAAAGGACAGCACCUCCACCACAACUGCCCUUAGUGAAUCAACCACAGUUCCCUCAUCAACUGCUGUAUUUGCUGCGUCAGAAGCAACAUCGACCUCUAAUGUGGACAAAAAACAGGGGUGUAAACAAGCACAAGGAUCUAAAGAGCAACCUGCUACAGCCCCCUCUUCAGCCAGUAAUCCAUCUGCUUUUUUGUCCCCUUUACAAGUUGAACUGAACAACACUCCACUGCCGACUGCUGACCUACCUCAUAUGUCAAUUUCAAACUCUGGAGGAGACACUCAACCAGUGUUUACUCUCUCAGUAACAUCUGAAUCUGCCUCUUCCACAUCUGCUUCCACUGCUGCACCAUUGACAGCAACACCUGGCUCACCCACAUCUGCUUCUACCUCUGCAACGCUUACAGCUACACCUGCCUCAUCCACACCCGCCUCACCCGCUUCCUUCUCCACUUGUGUCCCAGUUGAUGCAAUACCUGAUCCUCCAUCCACCAACCACACCGCCCCAGGCAAGGCUGCACCUGAUUCCAAUAUAGUUUCUUUGAAGAUCAUCAUAAGCGAUAACCAGGAUGACACUUCUUCCAGUGACACUGCCUUGAAUCAGGCAGUUUCUAGCAUUUCCGGAAACAAGAUACCUACCAUCUAUCUUUCCUCUCCAGCUAAGUCCUUUGGAGGCCCUGGCACACCAAAGGCCAACUUGGAUGAGGUGGCACAGGCAGUUAGUGGCUUACAAAGCUCUGAGGCACAUGCCAGUCCUCUCAGCAGUAAGGCUGGGGCUGUAGUCGCAUCCCCAUUAAUAGGGACAUCACAGGCCCAGCAAAACUACAUCAUUCAACUACCCCUGGACACCACUAACCCUGCCCUCCAAGGAGCCACUGCCAGCUAUUUCCUUGUGACUGAACCCCCGACUACAGAUGCUCAAACCAGGCAGGUGCUACUGUCUGCUGGUGUCUCAAAGGGACAGCCUUUGCUCACCAAUCAGUAUGGGGUGACUACACCAACCCGCCCUCAAAGCUACUCCAGUGGGCCAGCACUCAUUUUACCAUCGCCUGUUAAGCCCAUGAUGCUUCCUGUUUCUGUUAUGGGGCAAAAUACUCUGGGGAAUGUCCAGAUGGUGUCCAAUCAGCUUGUUGCCAUACCAAACCCAGUACCGGUACAGCAGUCAGAAACUUUCAAGUCCAAAUCUCCCACAGUGGCAAUCAAACGGUCUACAACUGCUGGCACUGAGCAACAUCUGGUUGGUAAGUUGGUUCAACCUGUGUCAGCUGAAAACACAAGCCAGCAGGAUGCAGCAAAGGUUCCUAGACAUAGAAGAAUUUUAUGUUUUGACUCUUCUGCAGAAGUUAAACCACAAACUGCUAAAACAAUCAGAACCACUAAACCUCUGGCUACAGACACAUCUACAUCGCAAUCUGUCCAGCAGACUGAGAAAGAUAAUACACAGUUGAUCACUCAAACAAAGCCUACUAUCUUGGGUGGCAACAAGCCCAAGAGGAGGGUACAGCCUGUCAGAUGCUCAGCAGGUCCCCAGACUGGAGGAGUCUUGGUGAGGGAGGCAGAGAAGUCCAUGCCUCCACAACAGCACCAGAAAGAUCCUAUUACAAAGGACUCUCGCAAACAGGAUCAUAGCAUCCAUAACCAAGAGUCUCAAAGUGCAAGUACCAGCAGCGUUAAUGCCUCACAGCCUGAGACUUUGAAAAAGUCAGAAUCAGGAAGGCGAUCACAAUCUGUUGACAGGAAACAAAAUCAUGAUAAGGAUGGUGAUGGAGCAAAAGCUAAGGAUUCUCAUAGUUCUAGAUCGUUGUCCCCUGAUUCUGCACUGAAAUCAGGAACUAGAAAGGAGAAAGAGGAGAGCAGCAGGAAAGAAGUUGCAGAAAAAGCUCCUGCCAAAUCACGUGAGGGGCGUACAGAAAAGAGGACUCCCUCUCAGGAGGUGCCAAAUGUGACCGCUAACAAGGAGAAUGAAAUGAAGGGUAGCAUGCAAGAGCAGCAACAGCAGUCAACACCUUCAUCUUCAGCAACAAGAGACUUUAGCCCUCCAGCUGUCACCCAGCCUACAUCUAAUCCUCAUUCUAAAGCUACAAAAGCCCCCUCAAAGACCAGCUCUCUGGCUAAACAGGCAGCUGAGAUGCUGCAGGACAUCCAGGGGCUCAGCUCUCCUUCCACCCCAGUCAAGAGGCCUGGAGCAGGCAGUUCAGACCUUAGUCUUCCCUGGACCCCUGGGACUGGCCGUAACCAGGAGGAGUCAGCUGACUGUCCCAGGACUCCUUCCCGACAGAAGAAGGGUAAAGAUGGAGAGGGGACUCCUAAGCAUCUAAUGCCUCCCACCACCCCAGAUGUCCCCUCCUGCAGCCCAGCCAGUGAGGCUGGCAGUGAAAACAGCAUCAACAUGGCUGCUCACACACUCAUGAUUCUUUCACGUGCUGCCAUCGCCAGGACAGGCACUCCACUCAAGGACAGUUUGCGUCAGGAGGGAGUAGGAGAAAAGUCGCCCACAAGCUCAAAGAACUCGAAGAAACGUAAACAGUCUUCUCCCACAACCAGUCCACCAGCAAAGAAAGACCGGGAAAGGAAGAAACUUGUUGAUUGCUUUCCCCAUGACUUGGACGUGGAUAAGUUCUUGUCUUCACUUCACUAUGAUGAGUGAAACUGGACAUACCAACAGGAAAGGUCUACGAUAUCACUACCUGCUUAGGUUACUAUCCAGGAAUAGAACAAGCCAUCUGCUAAACCAGUGCCUAUGGUUCCUAUUAGUAACCUUGCCUGAGACCUUAUAAGCUGUAAUGUGUCCUUCAGCCAAUGACAGACUUUGAUUUGGUUGACUAGUUUCCAGUGUGGGUGAUCUGCAUAAAAUCCUAUUAGAUGCAGCAGUAGUAGAGCAACCAUGGCACUUUGUUAUAUAUUUUUUUUCAUUCUCAUGCUCACUUCUGUUUUAAUUAAUCAUCAUUGUUUUGUACCUUAACAAAACAAACACAAUUUGUUUUGAGGCACUUUGACAUAAUGGCUGCAUGUUGUUAAAAUGGGUGACUCAAAGUAUUUCCUUGGUCAAUAUUUGACUCUAGUUUGAUAUAUCCAGGUUACACUGACUGAUUGGUUGGUAUGUAAAAAUACAUUUUGGAAUAUGUCUCUACCAGUAAUUUUAGUAACACUGAAUGAAGAGCUCUCAUUUAUUUUAGUUUUUCAUGUUCAGAAAAGGCUGGUUAAUAAAAAAAUUAAUGUGAAGAUUCUAUUUUGUGGUAUACAUGUCUAUAGUUUUUUGUGUUUUUGAUGUUGGUAGAAUCAGACACACUGUGUGAAAAUGGCUGCAACUGUUCAAAUGUUGUAAUAAAACAAAGAAACAGUC